UCUCAUGCAUACUUUUUGCCGAGAUUCAUCCCGGGAUUCGCUGCGGAGUGAAUGCUUCUCGUGACUCCAUUCAAUAGCGGACCGGCGAAUCGGAAGCACGUUGUCAUCUGUUUAUUUCGGAAAUCGUUUUCACGACUCGAUGGAGAUGUAGAGAUAAAUACUUGCAACCUCAUGCUCGAAAACUACGCUUCACCCACUGCCCAGCUCACGCUACUGAAAUACACCCGCCUCUUCGGCUGCCCCUCUGGUUGGUCCUUCCUGCAUUCAAUCUGAACUCCCCACAGAGGCAAGCAACUCGGAGCGGCUACCGAUGACAACCCGGAGAGAUGAGCAGGGUCAGAUGACCGUGACAAGCGCCGGUGGUCCUGUGCGAGAAAGGACUUGACUGUUUUCGCGACUACUUCCGCCGCCCCCCCGAAAUAAAACAUUACUGCCACCGAAUCCGCGUUUUCAGAAAGCUGCCUCGGACGGUCUUGGAUUUCAAGAAUUUCUGAGUCGGAGGUUGUGGGGGGUGUAGGAGAUUGCAUGUAGUAGCCUACUGCAUUGAUAGCGUGCUGGCCGAUUGGAGAGUUUGCUACCACAGAGCACCGCAGACAUGAACUCCAAGAAUCACCGUGACAGCGACAUCCAGAAGAAGAUCGACUACGAGAUCCGGAUGCGGGACGGGGCGUGCAAGCUGCUGGCCGCCUGCUCCCAGAGGGACCAGGCGCUGGAGGCGGCCAAGAGCCUGCUGACCUGCAACGCCCGCAUCAUGGCCUACAUGUCGGAGCUGCAGAGGAUGAAGGAGGCGCAGGUCAUGCAGAGGGUGGCGCGCAGGUCAUCCGAUGCUGGGCCCAUGGACGACCGACUCCCCUGCAAGGGCAAGGUGGCCAUUUCAGAUCUGCGCAUACCGCUCAUGUGGAAAGACACAGAAUACUUCAAGAACAAAGGAGAGCUGCAUCGCUGUGCUGUGUUUUGCCUGCUGCAGCUGGGAGGAGAGAUCUAUGAUACAGACAUGGUGAUGGUGGACCGGACGCUGACAGACAUCUGCUUCGACAACACCAUUGUCUUCAAUGAGGCCAGCCCCGGGUUCGAGCUGAGGGUUGAGCUGUACAGCUGCUGCACGGAGGACGAGUUCUCAGCAGGCAGCACGCCGCGGAAGCUGGCCAGCAAGCUCAGCAGCUCGCUCGGACGCUCAUCGGGGAAGAAGAUGCGGGCGGCCAUGGAGCCCGGGGGGUGCAGCCCGGUCAGCAACGGGGGAGGGGCUACCCUCCUGCUGCCUGUGCCCUCAGUACCGGGACCGAAGUACCACCUCCUGGCGCACACCUCGUUGUCGCUGGCGCACGUGCAGGACAGCUUCCGCACGCACGACCUCGCCAUCUCGGGGAACGAGGAAUGCUCCUAUUGGUUGCCCCUGUAUGGCAGUGCAUGCUGUCGCCUGGCAGCACAGCCUCACUGUAUGACCCAGGAGAUGAUGACCGGGUACCUUAGGGUCAAGCAGCUGGGAGGUGACCCUCAGAGCUGGACGAAGAUUUACGGUGUCCUGAAAGGGACAAACCUGUUCUGUUACCACAGGCAAGAGGACGUAGAGGCCAAAGUGGAGCCAGCCUUUACUAUCGCCAUCAACAAGGAGACAAGGAUCCGUGCCACAGACAAAGACCCCCACAGCAAAGCGCAGAGCAUCUCCAUCAGUAACCAGUACGGAGGGGAGGACGUGACGCACACCCUGAGCGCCGACAGCAGAGAGGACACACAACGCUGGAUGGAGGCCUUCUGGCAGCAGUUCUACGACAUGAGCCAGUGGAAGCAGUGCUGUGACGACCUGAUGAAAAUCGACAUGCCGUCGCCGCGGAAACCCGCCAUCGUCACCCCGAAGCAGGGCUCCCUCUACCACGAGAUGGUUAUUGACAUCUCCGAUGACAUUGGGACAGUGACAGACAUCCUGACACAGCGCAUGCAGGAGUUUGACCUGAGGAGCCAGCUGGGGUCCACCCCUCCCUGGAUGUCCCUGUUCGAGGAGUCUCCGAGCCGCCACCGGCCCCCCCGCGUGGCCGGCCACAGCCCCCGCCCCCACUGCCGCACCCCGCGCAGCCCCCGCUGCCCCCGCCCUGGCCUGCUCUCCUCGGACGCCAGCCUCACCUCCGACAGCGACAGCCCCUACAGCGCCAGCCCCUGCUCCCGCCACGCCUGGGGCGAGCCGCUGCCCCGCUUCCGCCCGCGCACCCUCUCCCUGGACGCCAAGCUCACCAGCCUGCGGGGGCGGGGCUACGGGGGCCUGCAGUGCACCUGCCAGCCCCCUCUCUCGGGCUCCUCCUCCUCCUCCUCCCGUCCCCCUCAGAUAGGCCUCUCCUGCUCCAGCUCCACUUCCAGCACCAGCUCCAGCGAGGGCAGCAGCACGCCGGAGUCCGACGGCGGCCCCUUCUCCCGCCCCGCGCCAGCCCGCCGCAGCAUCAGGAACCUGCGUGCCAAACUAGACCCCCGUAACUGGCUGCAGAGCCAGGUAUAGCCCCUCCUGCCCACGCUGAACGCCAUUCGAGUGUCUGUCUGGACUCUGAGUCUUCUGGAAAGUACUGGAACAAUCGUCCUGAGUAACCAUCCACGCCAAAAGCAGUGGCCCUGUGGCACCACCUCACUCUGUA